AUGCUAUUUGAGCAGAUUCUCCUCCAUCUACCGACUUUCUGAACAUUGAGUUUUUAUUUUCCUUGAACUUUUUCCCCAAACAGGUAAUGGGUUCAAAAGAAAUUUGAAUUGUACUUGUUUUGCUCGUUUCUUGUGGUAAAAUCUGAAAAAUGCCCCUCAACAACAACAACCAGAAAGUACCAAGUGCAGUUGACAGGGUAGCCAAGCUGCCUGUGGUUCGUUCAGCUUGUUGGACCUUAUCAGUCCUGUAUAAAGACACUAAAUGCAGCAAUCCCAGCCUGAAGGCCCUGUGUGAAGGCCUGGAGACCAGAAUGAGCUCUCUGACCACCACAGCCUUCUCCAGAGUCUCACCUGUCCUUGUUAAACUGGAGCCUCAGAUUUCUGUUGCAAAUAAUGUUGCAUGCAAAGGUCUGGACUGGCUGGAGACCUCGUUCCCUGUGCUGCAGUCACCCACAGAUGAGGUUGUUGCUGCUGCCAAGAACAAGCUCGGUGAGAUCCAGGGUGUGGUGAGUGGUGCAGCCAACGGAGCUGUCGACUGCGUCCAGCACACCGUCACCUGGGUGAUGAGCAGGAUCCCCCAGGCUGACGGCAAUGGAGCCAAACCGUCUCUGGUGCAGAGAGCCAUCAGUGUGACCGCUGUGGGACUGGACGCUGCCUUGACCCUGUCCGAGGCUCUGAUGGAUCGUGCGCUUCCUCCAACGGAAGAGGACAAAGAGAAAGCAGCCCACCUGGUGGAGGGAUCAGAGGCUGCCGCUCGCAGUAGAAGUUACCCGGUGCGAAUGAUCCAACUCACUGCCAAGCUGUGUCGAAGGACCUGCCACACAGUUGGCUCAAAGAUCCAGUCUGUUCAGGUCUGGGAGAGUUUAUCUAGGUCCACGGUUCUGGUUCAGGAUCUUCCAAAUAACUGUCGGACCCUGGUAUGGAGCCUUCAAGGACUGCCUCAGUACUUGCAGCAUCAGGGGGUUUCUGCACUUUUCUUCAUCACCCAGAUGUACAACUUGAGAAGUCCAUCACAACCGGAACGGUUAAAAGGCAGAAACGAGCUCCAGAUUUCCAACAAGGAGCAGGUCCGCCUGCAGAGCGCCCCUGCUUUGAGAACGAGGCCCAGCAGAACAUCUGUGUUGGAGAACGGCUGCAACGUUAAGGAAUGCGUUAAAAGAAACAGCCGCUGAUGGAUGCAUGUUAAAUGUUAGUGCGUUAAACUUGUGGUCUAAAAUAAAAG